GACCACACGCUCAUGAAGAGGCUGCAGUAGAUGGUUAUGAAACAAGCUAGCUGUUGCUGCACUAAAACUUCUGCCAUCUUCAUGUGCUGCGUUGCGUGUCAGAAAAGAGUCGUUGUCCUUGGAGCUGUGGGUUUGAAGAAGAGGAAUUCUGUCUGUCCCAGCGUGAAGACAUGAGCUCGGUCAGAGAGGAAGGUAAAGACCGAAUUAUCUUCGUCACCAAAGAGGAUCAUGCAACGCCCAGCAGUGCCGAGCUCGUAGAGGAAGAUCCUAAUGACCCAUAUGAGGAACAAGGUCUGAUUCUUCCCAGUGGGGAGAUAAACUGGAACUGCCCCUGUCUAGGUGGGGUGGCCAGUGGACCCUGUGGGACUGAUUUUAAGGAUGCCUUCUCCUGUUUCCACUACAGUAAGGAGGAGGUGAAGGGUUCUGAAUGCCUGGAGCAGUUCAGGGCAAUGCAGGAGUGUAUGCAGCAAUACCCGGAGCUCUAUCCACAAGAAGAUGAGAAGGUGCAAGAACAAGAACAAUCGUCAGAAACGAAGCAGACCUCACAAGACUCUGCAUCUGCAGAAACGUCAGGUGCAAACUCAACAUCUGCCACCAAGCAAGACUCUGAAACUACACAACCCAACACAGAGGGCUCAGUGGAAAGUUAAUGAUGAGCCUCGAUGGCAGCGUGAGCCCAAAGGCUUUAAAGGUGCUUAAUUCCAAAAUUCAGAGCAUACAUAUGAUUGAGGGAUUGCCUUCACACGGUUCCCAACACGGCAAUGGCUGAGCCGGUGCCAGUGGGGCACACACACACACACACACACGUCCAGGGGUGUAAACUUGAUCGGACCAGGCCCAUCUUCAAACUUGACUUUGAUUUUGGCCCAAUCCCAACGUCCACACUCGCAGACUUUGAGGCUCUUUCCUGCAAAGUCUGUGAGGGUGUAGGAUUGUCCCACCGUCAAACCUUUAAGUGUUUGAGAGCUCACUUGCAAACAUUUUUAGUCCUUUAUUCACACUUUCCAUAAGUCUCUAUUUCUGCAGGGGAAGCCCAGAGGCGUAAAACAAAACAAAAGGUAGACAAAGAGGACAGCACAUGGCUGUUCAACCGGACAUUUUAAAUUUACACAGAAACAUAAUAGAUUAUUUGACUAUUACUUCUCAUCUCGCAAGGCAAGAGCCUGAAGGAUGUUCAAAUCAGGCAGUAAAAGAUAUAAAAUAAAUCCCAUAAUUCCCAUUUGUAUUUACACCAUUUCAAGCCCUUGGAACCUCUCACGCUCCAUUUACCAGGUGACAUCAGUUAAGUCCCUGAAGGUUCAUGGCUUAAGGCCGUAGGUGGACAUUGGGAUUGGGCCUUCGAUCAACUACACAUCUAUAAAGUUUCUUGACUGAAUCUUGCACGGUUGCAACGAAAUCUGUCCACAGACACAAACGGUAGCGCAGAGUAGCCUACAUGUGAUUUACAGAGUAGAUAUGUGUGCUUGAGGUUGGACAUUAAUUCUAUUUAUUUAAGAUGGGCUUAUACUUUUGUAAAACUAAUUCAAUGCUAUCAAUGAAAAAAAUAUCUUUAGUGUUGAAGCAAAACAAGAUUAAAGAAUCUAAAACAAUCAAGAGCCUAGAAGACUCAGCUCAGUGUAUUUCCUUGUCUCAAGUCAAGAUGGUUUAACGUUCCCGUUGUGAUUCACUCUGAAUUUGAAGAUAACAGUAAAAACAUACACACCCUUUACAUUUACAUUCUCUCGUAUCUGCUAUCUUCUUGCGAUGUGCGUUUUACAUGUACGUUAUGUGUUCUACAAAGUUUAUUUUCAGAUUAGACUUUGACUCAAAGUUUAUAUUAGUAAGCUAACAAACAAAUAACUGCUAAAUUCACAGAGGCAUGAAGAAUGUACUGAAGACUACCUUACAUUUCUACAGUUCUAGUCUUGAGCAUUUCUUCUGCUGAUCUAUAACCAGAUUUAAAACUUUUACCUCAGCUGAACUCAACCGUGUCCAACACGGGAAUACAGUAAAUUGUUGUUUAAAGUUUUAGAAUAAACAUUAUAAAAAAGUAUCUGAUGUUGCAAUAACGACCUUUUUCUGAACUCGCCAUAAUGCAAGUCUACUCUGUCAUAAAGACCACAUGUUUUAACUCAUGCAGCUAUAGCAGAGGGUAACUUUGAGUUGAGAUACACAAGAAACUCUUUGCUUUAUUAUCAUUACUACCUUUGAAGUAUAGUUUCAAUUAAUUCAUUCAGAAUUAAGAAAACACUCCAAAGAAUCUCCAAAUGCAUUGUUUGAUCUCUACCAGUGACUUGAAUCAGCAAAGAUCAAGUAUUUCAGAGGUGCAGUGUAUUAAUGAAGUAAAUAUUAUUAAGCCCUCUGUUAUUUAGUUUGUACUUUCCACCCUCGCAGGUACAAAAUAUAGACUACGUUAGUUGCUGAAAAAUUAGAAUGAGGACGCUAGCUAUUGUACUUUCUGGGAGGACAAUUCUCUUUAACGCAUUUCCCAUUGUCUUUAUAAUUACAUUAUUAGGCUAAACAUGCACCCACUGGACCUCAUCAAAAGUCUGAUAUUAUUGAGCUGUAAAUGUGCAUUUUUACAUGAGAUCAGUUAAAUAACAUACAUCUAUAUAACGGUUGUUGACCUGUCCAAAGGUUGUGAAACGCACUCGGGCAUCAGGGGUCAGAGGCCGGUGACGGUGUUUGUCCACUGAAGCAUGCGCCACUUCAAACUCCCUCAGGGAUCAAUAAUUACCAAACACCGCUUUAUUUAGUCCGUGCUGCACCAUUGGUGGAUUGUGAAGGGCAAAGACGACCGAAAAGCCAAUGAGACAUCGCCCUCAAAUCUUCACAAGUACAGCGUCUUUGUCUCCAUAGUGGACGGUUUGCAGUGAGGGUGAAAGCUGCCUUCAAUCUCCAGCGUGAACUCUGUUCAG